AAUUGUUUACAUUUGUUUGGUACUGGAGAAAAUUUGCAAGUUUGCGAAAUAUUUAUUUAAAAAAAUUAAGAAUUUGAGUCUGCAGUAAAAAAAAUAAAAAAAUUUUCGAAUCUUUGUGUGCACGUGUAAAAUAUUGAAAGUAGAAAGAAAGCUAAACUGAUUGCUAGAUAUUAUUUGCCCAGCCACUAUUAAAUAAAUGAAAAUGUCCACCCUGGAACUGUGUGAAAAACUGUUCGAUACCAAGGAUAUUUACAAAUUAUUUCAAGUAGAGAAAACAGCCAAUGAAAAGGAAUUGAAAAAAGCCUAUUACAAAUUAUCAUUGUUAGUACAUCCAGAUCGUGUGCCGGAAGCCCAAAAGAAAGAUGCCACAGAGAAAUUUAAACUGCUCUCAAAGCUGUAUCAAACCCUUACCGAUAAAGAUAAACGAGCCUUGUACGAUGAACAGGGCAUCAUUGAUGAUGACGAUGAUAAUUUGGAGGGCAAACUAAAUAAUUGGUUGGAAUUGUGGCAGAAGAUAUUCAAGCCCAUUACCACAGAGGAUAUCAACAACUAUGAAAAAUCCUAUGUGGGGUCGGAGCUCGAAAAAACUGACAUAAAGAAAGCAUAUCUCAAUGGUAAAGGAUGUAUUAACUACAUGAUGAACUCUGUGCCCUUUAUGAAGGUGGAAGAUGAACCACGUAUACAAGAAAUUGUACGCAAAAUGAUUGAUGAUGGAGAAGUUCCCGAAUAUAAGAUAUUCACCAACGAACCAGAAUUGAAACGUAAAAAACGUCACAAGAAAUACGCCCGUGAAUCUAAGGAAGCCAAAGAAAUUUUGGCGAAAAUUGAGGCCAAAAAUAAGAAGAAGGCAGAAAAUGGUAGCAGUGGCGGUGGCAGUCUGGAACAAGCUAUUAUGUGCCGACAAAAGUCACGUGAAGAUGGUUUCAAUUCUCUCAUGGAUAAACUGAUGGCCAAAUACGGCAAUGAGGAUGAUGAUGAAGCUAUCGACCUAAAUUCUUUGGGAAAGUCACGGGGCAAAAAGAAGUCCUCUGCUGGUGCAGCAAAUAGCAAAGAAAAAUCGGAUAAAACAUUACAUACAGUAAAAAAUGGCAAAGUCAAAAAGCGCAAGGAGUAAAGUAAAAGACACAUAUAACAAUUUAAUCGAAUUCAUUUAUGUGUUCCAAAAUCGGCUACAGUGAACAAUCAAAUCAUUGAUUGAGUGGAAAAUACUUUGUCCUUACCAAAAAAACGAGCCUUUUAAUUAACUCGCAAUUGAUGGUCAUUAUAUUUUUUCAAUGUAGGCUUUGGAACAAAUAUUCAAAUAAAAUUAGAAGUAGCGGUUCUAUCCUUGUAUAUGCGUAGAUUUUAAAACCUAUUAUAAUAAAUUACUAAAUAGAUCGAGACAUUUGUCCUUAAUAAGUAA